AUGGUCACGGAUCCAGAAGUGAUGCCGGCGUCAUCCCCAACGGCGGGUCACUCCGAUAUCUUUGAUAACAGCCCUCGGGAAGCCGCCAUUCGCGACCGCAGACGCCGUGAGUAUGCUGCUUCCGAUCCCUUGCAGGUUUCUGCUCCUUCCGUGACAAAAGAGCCUAGUCCGCGAUCGGUGCACACGCCGUCUACCUUCGACGUCUUCCAGGCUUCGACUCCAACUCCAGAGCCGCGACGAGGAUCCGUUUCCAUGAUGACCCCAGAGCAGAGAUCUCCCACGACGCAAGAUACGAUCCGGUUGGCGCCCGUAAGGUCUCGGAAGAGGGCUCGCACCAACGACAGAUCUGAUGAAGAAGCUCCGGCAAGACGACGAUCAGGACGGCUUACACAAGACAGGGAUUCGCGCUAA